AGAAGUGCCUUUUCCCCUAGGGCCAACCUGUUACAUAAGGGCCACCAAUUUCUCCUGAAAGCACUUGCUUGAUUGCCUCUGCCAGGCGCCCCGCAAACCCAUUCCUCCGCGUAUCAACAAACCUCGAAGAUGCCUUCUUACAAGCUCACGUACUUUGAUGUUCGCGGAAGGGCCGAAACUAUCCGGAUGCUCUUUGCUGUGGCAGGGCAGAAGUUUGAGGACGUACGAAUCACGGAAGAACAGUGGCCUGAGACGAAAAAGAAGGUCCCAUUAGGUGCCCUUCCCGUCCUGGAGAUUGACGGUAAACAACUCAUCCAAAGUAAAGCGAUUGCCUCCUACCUGGCUAGAGAAUUUGGGUUCUACGGUGCCAAUAGCUGGGAAUCAGCCAAGAUUGACGAGAUAAGUGGGGCCGUGGAAGAUAUUUGGCUUCCUUACGUUCGGAUUAUCAUCUCCAGUGACGACAAAUCCAAAAAGGAUGCCGAGAUGAAGAAACACUUUGAAGAGAAAGCCCCCGUUUUCUUGAGAUUUCUGGAAGACCAGCUCUGCAAGAACAACGAAGGCGAUGGAUUCUUCGUCGGAAAGAAGAUUUCUAUGGCAGACUUGAACUUCCACACUUCCAUUGAAUCACUGGAGACUACCUCACUGCUGGGCCUUGAGAAAUACCCCAAGUUGACGGCUCUGAAGGCUCGCAUCUCGGCUCACGACAAGCUCGCGCCUUACUUGGCUAAGAGGGCCAAGACUGAUAUAUAAGAGACGUGACGAUAAAAAUAAAAGACCUUCAAAAUAUUUCUGUCGAAUUAGAGCACCAAGAAAAAAUAAGAGAUACAAUGAAAUCAGGAAAAACAAACAAGUGAAAACAAAACUAGAGAGAAAAGGCGACACUCAGUGAUUUUAUUUUUUUAAAAUGAAAAUUUCUUGUUCUAGCAGCGAUAGCAAGGUUUAACUAUUGUCACAAAUUGCAGAGAUAUGAACUUACAUUAUUUUAAUUUAAUAUUAGUCUUUUUCCCUUUCUGACUUACAGAGGCUAUUUUUAGGAAACCUUU